AUGUCCCUUUCUCUCUCAUCACUCGCAUUCUCCCUCUACAAGCUCACGCAAUCCGACCCGACCCGCACCCAGAUUUCGCUCGUGAAGCCCAUAAAAAAUCCGGUUCGAGCUUCCUCAUCAGCUGCGCCAGGGAUCGAUUUCACCACCCUCGAGUCCGCCAUUGCCGAGAAAGACAGUGAUGGAGUCAAGGUGGCACUUGAUGAGCUGAGGGAAGGCGGUUGGGCCAAGAAAUGGAGUUCUCAACCGUACAUCUCUCGACGAACGACAUCUCUUCGGGAGCUGACAUCUCUAGGAAUAAAGAAUGCCGAGAAUCUUGCUAUUCCUAGCACCCGAAAUGAUGCAGCUUUUCUCUUUACGGUGGUGGGCACAACUGGGUUUUUGGGUGUUCUUGCUGGUCAGCUGCCUGGAGACUGGGGCUUUUUUGUGCCAUACUUGAUCGGAAGUAUCUCCUUAGUAGUCCUUGCUGUAGGGAGUAUUUCCCCAGGAAGUAAGCCACAACUUAGCAAAGACCAGCAGCAAAACCUUACAAGAUGGGCUGUGCUAUUUGCUGCAUCGUUAAUAAAGAACAAUAGGGCGCUUCACGAGGCACUCAUGUCAGCAAUGUCGAAGAAGGCUUCUGUGGUUGAAUGCAUAGAGGCAAUAGAGAAGGCUGAGUAA